UUGUCUAUGGUUUUCGGCAGCCAUUUGUUAUCCUUGCUAAAGUUCCUGUGAAACCAUAAAAAUGUUGAGAUCAGUAACUGGCAAUCUGGCCAAUGUCCUCAAAAGGUCUUUGGUUCCUACAGUGAGGGUCAAUGGUGCCUUCCAAGUGCGAAAAGCCCAUGGCGGUCCCGUCGAAUCCGAUGAAGAGUUUGACGCCAGAUACGAGCAGUUCUUCAACAGACCUGAUAUUGAUGGCUGGGAAAUCCGCAAGGGCAUGAAUGACCUCUGUGGCAUGGACUUAGUGCCCGAUCCAAAGAUCAUCAGGGCCGCCCUGCACGCUUGCCGCCGUGUCAACGACUACUCCCUCGCCGUCAGGUUCAUCGAAGCCUGCAAGGACAAGUGCGGCGCGAAACAGAGCGAGAUCUACCCAUACAUCAUCCAAGAAAUCCGACCAACCCUUUCAGAACUUGGCAUUGAAACUCCCGAGGAGCUAGGCUAUGAUAAGCCAGAAUUAGCUUUAGAAAGUGUAUAUGAAAUGUAAGGCCACGUUAUGAAAUUAAGUUGUAGAGGAAUUUGUAUAAUAGUUUUCUUGUCGAUUUUUAUUUAAAAAUUGUGGAAAAGCACACCUUUACCAUUGUAACAGCAAAUGAUAAUCGCCAUGCUUAUUAACUAAUGUAUAAAAGCAUUAGUGGAAUAUGA